AUGGAGCGCGGCGCGGCGGGGCCGCUGCCCCUCAGCCGCCUGGCCGGGCCGCUGCUCCGAAGGCUCAGCGAGCUGCUGGACCGCGCGGCGCCCGGCAAGGGCUGGCGGGAGCUGGCGCAGCGAGCGGGGAGCCGCGGCACGGUGCGGCUGAGCCCGCUGGACUUGGAGCAGUGUUCCCUCCAGGUGCUGGAGCCGGAAGGCAGUCCCAGCUGGAGUCUCCUGAAGCUGCUGGGGGAUCGGGGCUGCACUGUGGUGGAACUGGCAGAGUCCUUGCAGGCCCUGGAGCACACAGAGGCUCUCCGGUGUCUCAGCCAUUCAGGUGUAAAGAUUGUUGUACAGCCAGACUCUCAAGCAGUGCUCUCUGGUCAGGUCGUCAAGUUGUGCUGCUGGGCAACAGGACACCCAUUUGUGCAAUACCAGUGGUUCAAGCAGGAAAGAGAGGUUCCCCACGGUAAUUCUCCAGAACUGGUUCUGAGUCCAGUGACUGUAAAGGAUUCUGGCUUUUACAUCUGCCGAGUGAACAGUGAAUCUUCUUUCACGUUCAGUCGGUGGGCACGCCUUGAAGUUUGUGAGCUUCAGGAUCCGCCCCACGGGCUCUUAAGAGGUUUGCCUGAAAACAAGUUGUGCAUUUGUAAUCAGCCUCAGCCACAAAACCUGACAGUGGGGGAUGCUUUGGUACUGGAAUGUGGAGCUGUUGGAAACCCAAUUCCUCAUUACCAAUGGUUCAGAAAUGGAUUUCCUUUGGCAAAUGGGAGCAAAAGUGUCUACACGGUAACUUAUGUGGAUGUGGGACAUCAAGGAACAUACUGGUGUCACGUAUUCAAUGACCGAGAGGAUGAAGACAGCAAGAAAGUAGAAGUCAUUAUAGGAAGGAAAGCUAUGGCAGUGGAGUGCACCGAAGAAGAUUUAAGUGAUCUUCAGGAAUCAGCCUCAGUUUCAACCACUGAAGGGCUUCUCUGUCAUACUGUGUCAUGUUAUCUAGAGCCACAAGAAGAAUCAAGUCACAGACCUGUGGCCACAGACAAGGUGGCUCUGUUAAUAGGAAACAUGAGCUACUGGAAUCAUCCCCAGCUCAAGGCUCCAAUGGUAGAUGUCUAUGAAUUGACCAGUUUGCUAAGGCAGCUGGAUUUCAAAGUUGUGUCUUUGCUGGAUCUUACUGAGUCUGAGAUGCGAAAUGCAGUGGAUGAAUUUUUACUUCUCCUGGAUGAAGGAGUUUAUGGUUUGUUAUACUAUGCUGGCCAUGGCUACGAAAACUAUGGGAACAGUUUCAUGGUUCCUGUGGAUGCCCCGAAUCCCUACCGCUCAGCAAACUGCCUGUGCGUGCAGAACAUCCUGCGGCUGAUGCAGGAGAAGCAGACGGGACUCAACGUGUUCCUGCUGGAUAUGUGUCGCAAAAGAAAUGAAUAUGAUGACACAAUUCUUAUCUUGGAUGCUCUGAAGGUUACGGCCAACAUUGUUUUUGGAUAUGCAACGUGCCAAGGAGCAGAAGCUUAUGAAAUUCAGCAGCUGGGGCUGGCCAAUGGAAUCUUCAUGAAGUUCCUGAAGGACCGUUUGUUAGAAGACAAGAAGGUCACUGUUCUGCUCGAUGAGGUUGCAGAAGAUAUGGGCAAGUGUCCCCUUACCAAAGGCAAGCAAGCCCUGGAGAUCCGCAGCAGCUUGUCAGAGAAAAGGGCAUUAACUGAUCCUGUUCAACAAAGCACAUCUUCUGCAGAGUCCCUGGCACGGAACCUGCAGUGGGCCAAAGCUCAUGAGCUUCCAGAAAGUAUGGCCCUUGAGUUCCAGUGUGGUGUUCAGAUUCAGUUGGGGUUUGCAGCCGAGUUCUCCAAUGUCAUGAUAAUCUAUACACAAAUAGUUAAGAAGCCCCCUGAAAUCACAGCUUGCAGAGCCCACAUCACAGACUUCCCACUUGACUUGGAUGUAGAUCCUAAAGAGGCCAAUAAAGGAACUCCUGAGGAAACUGGAAGCUAUUUAGUAUCAAAGGAUCUUCCCAAACACUGCCUCUACACCAGGCUGAGUUCACUGCAAAAACUAAAGGAACAUUUAAUCUUCACCGUUUGCUUGCACUAUGAGUAUUCAGGAAUAGAAGAUACAAUGGAUGAAAGAAAGGAGAUUAAUGUUGGGAAGCCCCUUAUUGCUAAAUUAGGGCUUCACCCUGGAUUCAAAACCAAGAACUGUCUCCAGACAUGUUGCAUGCCUGGUUAUCCUUUUCAUAAUCCAGUAGAAUUUAGUCCAGAGGCAGCUGAAUACUACAUCCCUAGUCAUUGCCAACCCAAUUCCUCACCAGGUGUUUACCAUCCAAACUGUACUUGCUCAAACAGCAUCACACAACCAGAGGCAUGUUCCUGCAGUGGAACUUCCAGGAUCUCGGCUUCAAGACACGAAGUACAGCAUUACUCACCCACUGUGGAAAAGCAUAAUGUACCAGUAGAGACCACUGAUGAUACUGUUGAACUGGAAUUCUUGCUCUCUGACAGCCUUAGCUUCUCUGAACAGCAAUAGCUGGGAUGUGUUUGGACUAGACCAGAGUGGCAUCCUUGAGCAGAGGGGCUUCCACACUGCUUCUCCAUCUUCUGGAGUUUGGAGACUUCCAGACAAGGCCCUGCAGGGAGGGCCUAGAGUAAGUGCUGGGAAUGAGGUUGUGAUGGAAAUUUUUCGUAUCUUAAGAGACAAAACUGGACCAACAGAUUUAGGAAUGAAAAAUGCAUUCUUUCUAUUUUUUUCACCUACUAUUGUUGUUUGGUACAGAGAAAAAUCUGAAGUGCUCAAAGUUUCCUAUUCUGUUCUUUGGCCAUCGUGUGUUAGGGUUGGUCACUGACGCUCCAGUGCCUCGGAUGUAGCCAAAAAGCAGCUCUGACUGCAUUCUCCUCUCUGACUGCCAGAUGUCCAGCAUCUGGCAGCAUCUGAGAGGGAUAAGAACUGUGCAAGGAACCCAGAACCUGGAGAGCCAACAAAUUGGCAUCACUUUUGUUUUUAAGAGAACUACAGAUUAUCAGAGGGUGCAAAGUCAUGGAAUCAUACUGUGGUAGAUUGAUUCUAUUUUGAUUUUUUUUUCUUUUACAUAACACUUAAGAUUUUUGCUGAUCUGAUACCUGAUUUUUCCUGUUCUGGAGGAACACUAACUGGAAAGAUGAGGACAAGUGCCUGCUCAGCAAGCAAGGUAUUGUAUGGUCAGUCUCACAGACAUGCUGAGGGCUAAAACAAGAAUCACAAGAAGAGUCAUGUUUUAUUAGGUCAUUCAAAGUCUUGAUGCCUUGAAAAUGCAAAAAAUAUCGGGGUGUAAGGAAACUAAAAUCAAAGGGAGUUUUCAGGCAGGGGUAGUAGCCUCUCCUGUACAACUGGUAAUGUUGAGAGGAAGAAUUGCUUUAAUUAAGAUCCUCAUCAUGAAAACAAGAUCAGUGAAUGUUAUUGAAGCGGACAAGCCAGUUUCAAUCUCCAGUGGAGAGUGCUGUGAUCUGGUGGCCUGGCAAUGUCCUGGUGUGGCCAUAAAACUUUUGAGAUUGGAAUGUUAAUGCUUCUUUAACUAAAUCUGGUGAUCUUCAGGUUGCUCAGCGCUGAAAGGUGGAUAUAGGUACAUGGAUAUAGCUGUUUCCAGGACGACAGCCAUGCUUGAAGUAAUCUGUACAUGAGCUUGGAUUUCUGUUUUCCUUCUGCAGGGUGUUAAAUAGCACCAUACCUAUUAAUGAAUGACAUGGACCUGCAUUAACUAUUCUGUGCAGUUGACUUCUAAAUCAGAUUAUAGCUUGAGACAAGGUGUAGGAGUGUACUACUUAGCUAAUACUUUGUCAGUUUCCUAAUAUGUAUAAAAGCUUAUUCUUUUUUCUUACUGUGUAAUAAAUUGUUUGUCCACAAAAUUA